AUGGUUUUAGCACAAACACCAGUGAUUGUUGAUAAUGGAAGCUUAUUAAUUAAAGCAGGAUUUUCGGGUGAGGAAAAACCAGCAUGUGUGGUAUCAUCUUUGGUUGGAAGACCAAAACCAACGCACAAGAGUCCGGAAAUGCUAGGAGCCGAAUCUAAAUUGUUGUAUUUAGGCAGAGAAAUAUCUUCCAAUAAUAGAUGUUUUUUGAAUGUUACUCCAUGUAUUGUAGAUGGCUAUGUACAACAAUGGGACGAUAUGGAAUCUGUUUGGAACAAUCUAUUUUUCAAUGAAUUACGCUUAAAUCCAAUAGAGCAUCCAAUGUUAAUGAUAGAACAUGAUUUAAAUCCUAUAUCUAAUGCAGAGAAAACUAUGAGUAUAAUGUUUGAAACUUUUAGGAUUCCAAAAUUCUAUUCAAAGACAUCUGGCUCACUAAUAUUGUACAGUAGUGGAAAUUAUACAGGCUUGUCUGUAGAUAUUGGACAUAACGUGACUACUUUGACGCCUAUUUAUGGAGGAUAUACUUUUUACAAUGCUGUGAAACGUGUGCAUUUGGGUGGAGAUGAUGUAACGAAACAACUGAAGAAAUUAUUGAUGAUUGAAAAAGGAUUUUAUACAGAGUCGUUCGGAGAGCAUGAGGCGAUUAGAAUUAUGAAGGAAAAUUGUUGCUUUGUCGCAAGAAAUUACGACGAAGUCAUGAAUGACUUAAUGGCUCCUCGAUCUACGAUAUCUGUCCAUGACUUUUCCACGUCAUACACGCUUCCUUGUGGAACUUCAAUUGAGCUAGAUGCUGAGCGAUUUAGAGCUCCUGAAAUUUUGUAUAAGCCUCAGUUAAUUGGCCGAGAAUGUGAAGGGUUACCAGAGCUAAUUUGUUCAAGUAUCAUGGCAUGUGACGCAGACACCAGACCUGAGCUCUUUGACAAUAUUAUUGUUUCAGGAGGCAGUUCACAAUUUGCAAAUUUCGACGAGAGGUUAACGUCAGAUGUAGCAAGUCUAACCAAAAGAAACGUUCAGAUUAAAUCGUGUGACACGGAAAAUAGAUGCAACUCGCCCUUCAUUGGAGGUAGUAUAUUGACUAGUCUAGGCUCUUUUGAUGAAAUGUGGAUAACAGCAGAGGAAUUUAACGAAUCAGGAUCAUAUGCUUUGAUGAGAAGAAGAAAAGAUCAGUAUUAUUACUAA